AACGUCAGAUAUUUCUCACCAGGUUUGAUCAAAUAUUUAAUUCGCAUUUAAGAACUUUCGAACAGUUUCACAGUAUUUGGGCGCCGAGUUGAUGUGAGACAUUAACGUUUCGCCUGGCAAUCUGGUCCAAGUUUUUUCAAGGAAAUAUAAUAAGGCAUUGAAAUUAUCGAAUAUAAAUAGGUACAUGGUUCUUUGGUUCACUGUAUACUGAAUAUGCCAUCCAAUCAAUGUUAACAAUGUUUAAAGUAGGUAUUUACAUUAGUGUGUAUUAUCUGAAUAACAGCAAUUGCAUUUAACGGCUCUCAUCAGUUGUCUUAUCUGAAUAUGUUAAACGAUUAACUGGAACAUUAAAAUAACAGAAACAUUCAGUUACAAUUACAUUCUUCCUCUUUGGAUUCAUUCCUUUAUCUUGUUUAUUUAUCCUCAUUUUAUGCAUACUGUGACAUUUUUGAUUCAUAUCAUUUAUAAAAAUUAUGUUUUCUUAAAGCUCACUGACCAGAGACAAUAUAUAGUAAAUGAAAUUUCUUCUCACACCACUUACGUAUACACACAAUCUGUUGUCUUAACACUUCGUUUCACAUCACAUGUCUCUUACAUACUAAUGCAAAUACCUACUUUAAACAUUGUUAACAUUGAUUGGAUGGCAUAUUCAGUAUACAGUGAACCGAAUAACCAUGUCCCUAUUUAUAUUCGAUAAUUCCGAUGCUUGAUUAUAUUUCCUUGAAAAAGCUUAGACCAGAUUGCCAGGCGAAACGUUGGCUUUACUCCAAAUUCAUUCGCCGAGAUUUUACAAAUACAUUCUUCCUCUUUAAUCUAAUUAGCACUUUUGAAAGAUGACUUCUAUUUUGUUGUUUUAAUGGGAAGUCGAUUCCAUUUUAGUGGAUAGUCUGAAAUAUAAAUAUUUUUUUGUCUUAAAACUUGUUUUAGUUUUGUGGGUGUACUAAAAUUCUAUAUUAUGACAUUCAUCUUACAACUUGUAGUUUUCUACUUGAGCUUUACUUUAUUUCACCUGUUUCAGUGAGAUAGGAAUAGGUUGGAAGAAAUUUAGGGUGGGACAUAUCAAGGCGUUAUCAGUUCAUACAAUCAUUGACUACUAUUGACAGGUAUAAGCUACAUAUUGAGUUCUUCACGACAACUAAUCAGUGAUCGAAGACGUUAAUUGACAUUUCAGAACCAUGUACAGUAGCGCAAGUGCAUUCAUCAUUUAUAUUCUACCAUUCUCAAAAAAUAGGAACAUAGCACGAUAAUCCUAAAAAAAGAUUUUUGUUCAUUUACUUUCGUGGAACGUAUAAUUUUCCGAAAUAUCUGAUUCAUAACUUACUACUUAAAUCUAUUGCUAAGUUAACCCAAUAAUUAAAAUAGUCCCAGUUGUACUGGCACAAUCUCUUAAUCAAGUUAAUUUUUCUUUACUCAGGCUCGUCCUAUUGAUUCUGUCGGUCAGUUAGCCCAUGCAUUAAGCAGUGUCAAACUUUCCACAGAUACACUACUAAAAAUAUUCUGGCCAAGUUCAUAUUGUAGGCUGUUACGUGAAGAUGUUGUUCUACUAGAUAGUCCAGGGAUUAAUGUUGAUCCAGAUAUGGAUAGAUGGAUUGAUCUUCACUGUUUGGAUGCGGAUGUUUUCAUUCUUGUUGCUAAUGCUGAGUCAACAUUAAUGCAAGCUGAGAAAGAUUUCUUCCAUAAAGUCAGUCAGAAGUUAUCCAAACCAAAUAUUUUUAUCAUUAAUAAUCGUUGGGAUGCUUCAGCAAACGAAAUUGAAUAUAUUAAUGAGGUACGUGAGCAACACCUGCAACGUUGUGUAGCGUUUCUUGUUGAUGAAUUAAAAGUGUGCACACGUACAGAGGCAGAGGGACAUGUUUUCUUCGUUUCAGCCCGUGAAGUUCUAGCGAUGAGAACAAAAGCGAAUUUAGGUGGCGAUCCACAUUCAGGUCCUCCUGGAGCGGCUACAAGUAUUGGGUCUCCUUUGUCAGCAGUGGCCUAUAUGGCUGAGGGUUGGCAAGACAGACUCGUGGAGUUUACAAAUUUCGAAACUGUUUUCGAGAAAAAUCUUUCAGAGUCUGCUACUCGUACAAAAUUUGCAGCUCAUUCUGAACAAGGCAAGGAUGUAGUGAAUAGAAUUCGUACAAUCAUGGAAAAUAUCUAUGAGACAACAGUUGAAGAAAAAGAUGCUGCUGUUCGUUGUCGUCGUCUUUCUCAAGCCCAUCUUGAAGAGGUACGUGCCCGGUUGAUGAAGACAACUCAAGCUGUGGAUGAAAUGCUUCAUGCUAGUUUGGCACGUGUUGAAGCUCAAGUUGCUAGUGCAUUAAAUGCUGAAAUUCGACGUUUGAGUGAACUUGUCGAUAGUUAUUCGCGUCCUUUCCAUCCAGAUCCAGCUUUGAUUCAUGUAUACAAGCGGGAACUAAAUACCCAUGUUGAACGUGAAUUAGGCAGAAAGCUUACUGAAGCUUGUUCUAGUGAUAUUCUUAAUGAAGUUGCUCGAUGUGAACAGUUAAUGAUGAAUAAACAUGCGGCAAUUGUUUCAGAAGAAGCUUGUAAAAAUCGUAUACUUCAGUUAGUUGAUCCUACUGCGUUUACUCCGGAAUUCCAUCUUGAUUGUCGUAAUUUGUGUGCAAAUUUUCGCGAAGAUAUUCAGUUUCGUUUUUCUCUUAGUUUGGGAACGCUGUUCCAACGGUUAUCAGCCCAACGUCGUUCGACGAAUAGUUAUCAUUGGACACAAUCUGAUGGAAUUCCUUCUAGUUUGGUUAACUCUUCCAUACUACCCAGAUCUUCGUUGACUGUUGAUUUAUUCCCUUCUCUUAUGAGCCGAAGUGCUGUCAGUACUGUUAUUGUUUUUGGAAUUAUGUUUAAAGCUGUUGGUUGGCGAGUUCUGGCAGUGGCUUGUGGAAUAUACGGUGGUUUAUAUUUAUAUGAACGACUUUCUUGGACAAAUAAAGCUAAAGAGGCUGCUUUCAAACGUCAAUAUGUCGAUUUCGCUUCCCAUAAAUUACGUUUAAUUGUUGAUUUAACUAGUACAAAUGCUCGGCAUCAAGCUAAAAGAGAGUUACAUCUAGCUCAUAAGAAGUUGUCCACGGAAGUGGAGAAUUUCAGUGAUACUUUAGUUGAAGAAGUGAAACAAUUGGAUAGUGAUAUUAACCGUCUGGAUUUUAUUACUACAGAAGCAAGGAAACUUAAAAAUCGUGCUAAUAACUUGGGGAAUAUUUUGAAUAAAUUUCAUGAAACAUUUAUUUUAAAUCCAUGGGAUGAAUCUAAUUAGAAGAAUUCAAUUUAUUCUUUUGGUGUUUUCUUUUUUUGUGAGAAGAAAUGUUCAUCCAUGUUUUAAUUCAUCCGUCGAUAACCAUCUUUGAACAAUAUAUAUAUAUAUAUAUAUAUAUAUAUAUAUAGUUUAGUUUACAAAAUGAAAAGUAUGAUGCAAAAAAACAAAAUCUCGAAUUGAAAUAUCUUCAAAAAUCGUUCUAGUAGUAGUAUUAGUUAGUAACAGUAGCAUGCUUCAUACGUGUCUAUUAAUAAAUUCGGCAAUUGGCUGUUUCGUAAUUCGAUAAACUUGCAAAAAUAUUUCUAAAAUGUUCCCAUAAGAUUUUCAUUAGUUUUGUUUUAAAAUGAAAUACAUCACUUAAUGUGUAUUCAUGCACAAUGGAUUAACACGAUGAAGUUUUUAUAUGCCAACCCGCAUUAUGCUUGUGUAUAGUAUGCCGAUAUCAUAACAUUUUGACACUUCGUAAAAUUCAUGCAUAUUUUUUUUAUCUCAGUAGUUUCUGUUUAUCAUGGUUAUUCUGUCCGAUUAACCACUUUUUUUGAACACUUUUGUCUGUAUCUAUAUUCUUUAUCCACCGUUUGAAAUUUCUUAUUUCUAUAUAUAAUAGUUAACCGAAAUA